AUGGCAUCAUCAUCAUCAUCUCCUCCUUCUGCCCCGGUCUUUUGUUCUCAGUCAUGGAAGUACGAUGUUUUUCUUAGCUUUAGAGGAGAAGACACUCGAAAUACUUUUGUGGGUCAUCUCUACUCUGCUCUUGAACAAGAAGGUAUCUACACUUACAAGGAUGACGAAGCACUUCCCCGAGGAGAAUCAAUCCACCCAUCCCUUAUGAAGGCUAUCGAAGAAUCACAGAUAGCCGUCAUCGUAUUUUCAAAAAACUAUGGCGAUUCUUCCUGGUGUCUGGAUGAACUUGCACAUAUUAUGAAAUGUAGGGAUACAAGAGGCCAAAUCGUUAUGCCUAUAUUUUAUGACGUGGAUCCCUCUGAAGUACGAAAACAAAAACGGAAAUACGGAGAAGCAUUUGCCAAACAUGAGUUGGAGAACAAGAGCAAUGUUGAAUCUUGGAGAAAAGCACUUGUGGAUGCAAGUAACAUUUCUGGAUGGGAAUCCCAACACAUUGCGAACAGGCAUGAAGCAAAAGGCAUCAAACAAAUUGUAUUGGAGAUUUCACAGAGGUUGCAGCCAGUAACUUCAAGUUUAGAUGAGAACCUGAUCGGAAUGGUAGCUCGCUUGCAAGGUUUGAAAUUGGAGUUAGAAAUUGGGUCAGGUGGUGUUCGAAUGGUUGGAAUAUGGGGUGUUGGGGGUGGUGAAAAUAUUCGAGAGGAAUCAGGCAGACAUGGUUUGGGAAAAUUGAAAGAAAAAAUUCUUUCAGAAAUGGAAGUAAACAGAGUUGGAGGAGGAAGAUGCUUGAUAAAUAAUAGGUUUCGCCAUAGAAAGGUCUUGAUUGUUCUUGAUGAUGUUGAUCACCUUGGCCAACUAAAAGCAUUAGCUGGAUCACAUGAUUGGUUUGGUGAAGGAAGCCGAAUAAUAAUCACAACCCGAGAUAAGCACUUAUUAACUGCCCACAAAGUAAACGUCAUACACAAUAUUAGCUUGUUAAGCGGUGAUGAGGCCAUUAAGCUCUUUUGCAAGCAUGCACCCCGGGAUAACAGGCCUAUAAAAGAUUAUGAGCAUCUUUCAAGAAAGGUGGUCUCUUAUGCUGGUGGGCUUCCAUUAGCACUUACAGUUUUAGGUUCAUUUCUGUGUGACAAAGACAUUAAUGAGUGGAAGAGUACAUUAGUGAGAUUGAAGGAGAUCCCAGAUACUGAUAUUGUUGGAAAGCUAAAAAUCAGCUUUGAUGGACUUAAAGCAAUUGAGAAAGAGCUGUUCCUAGAUAUUGCAUGUUUUUUUAGGGGGUAUCCCGAAGAUGGUGCAAUGAAGAGUCUUGAUGCUUGUGGUUUUCAUCCUGUUAUAGGAGUGAAGGUGUUGAUACAAAAGGCUCUCAUAACCAUUUCAAAUGAAAGGUUUGAUAUGCAUGAUCUGGUGCAAGAAAUGGGACACUACAUUGUUAGAGGGGAAUACCCUAACAAUCCUGAAAAGCAUAGUAGAGUUUGGAAGAGGGAAGAUGUUUGGAAAAUAUGCUCUAUGGAUGCAACAACGGAACUAGACAUGAUUGAAGCAAUAAGACUUGAAUUCGGUACUAAGGGUCAGUUACAAAGGUAUAAACAUCUUCCUGCGAUUGUUGCAAACACGAAGAACCUUAGGUGGAUUGAAUGGGAAGGUGAUCUUGCAAGUCCAUUGCUUAGCAACUUUCCACAAAGAACACUUCGUCAUCUAGUAUUAUAUAACAGCUUGCAGAAACAACUUUGGGAGGGUUAUAAGUUGCUGCCAAAUUUGAAGACAAUUGAACUUUGGGAUUUAGAUAACCUAAUCAUGACACCAGAUUUUGAGGGACUUCCAAAUCUUGAAACAUUCAAGCUUGCUGGAUGUUCAUAUUUAGAAGAGAUUCAUCAAUCGGUUGGAUGUUUGGAGAGGCUUGUUUUCUUAUCUGUUGGAAGUUGUUGGAGACUUAAGAUGUUUCCACCAAUUACCCGAGUAAAGAAACUCGAGACCCUUACAUUCUUUGACUGCCCUGAACUUUUUAAGCUCUCAGAUCUUCAUUUGGAUGACAGUGGGAAUGAAGUUGCAUCCUACAUAGAAUCUUGUCCAAACUUAUUUUUUGUUAUUUGUUGGAGGUGUGGUUGCAGCAAUCUUCCUGGUGUAGAAUGUUGUGUAGAGGAGCCUUCUUUACCUCACAACAACAUGAAGCCUUGUUUACGUGACAACAACAUGAAACACAUAGGGUUGAGGUUUUUUCCCAAGGAUUUGAGAAAUUUGAAUCUUGGCUACUGUAAUUUGGGAGAUGAAGAAAUUAGCUCUGCUGUUUGUGAGUUACCCAACUUGCAAGAACUUAAUCUAAGCGAAAAUAGUUUUUCACAUUUAAAUUUUAGUCUCUUUCAACUUCCUCGGCUCAAAUUACUCAACGUGUCUUAUUGCAAAGGACUUGUAGAAUUGUCAAAGCUGCCAUCAAGUAUAGCUGUUGUUAUAGCGGAUGGUUGUACAUCACUUGAAAGUAUUAUACUUAUUUCAGACUGCAAAUGGUUGUGGCAUGUCUCACUUAAGGGGGAGAACAAACUUUGUGAUGGUGACUUAUUACUAGACUCCAUGCUCCAGGGAAAUGCUAUUGAAGAUCACUUUAUCAAUAUCAGUCUUCAACAUCAGAUUCCAAAGGUGUUUGUGGGUAGGCUGUUUAGGGGGACAACACUUACGCUACAUCUUCCAGAUGAUUUGUACAACUUUUGCGGGUUCUUAGUAUGCCUUGUCACCAAAAUAAAAGGACCGGAUAUUAAUAUAAUAAUGAAGCAGGAGGUAGAUGAAGAUUCUGUAUUUGGGUAUGUGCAUGAGUCUAAUGAAGCAACAGAGCCUGAGUAUGAGGGAACAAAAACAUAUGUAGGAUAUGUUUCCUUUGGUUCAUUGAGACACACCGCAUUUUCAAAUUCAUCUUACAAUAUGAUUUCAGUUUCCACAAACCGAGAAAGUUAUGUUGGAGCUGAGCUUGUUCCUAGGAAAAGCAAAGGUGGUGAGAUGCAAACAACAGACACCUCAGAAAUUUGGGAUGACGAACUCGAUUAUAGACCGCCGUUUACGAUAAAAUAUGAUUCAAAAUCUUUUAUUGACAUUCUAUGGCGACCUUAGGACAAACAUGUUCCAACAAAGUCUUACUGCUUUGUUUAUAGGUUUGUAGCUUUCUUUGUAUUAAUCCUUUAUUCGACCAUUCAGAUCAGGUGGAAAACUUUGAAUAAACACAGUAGAAAAUUUUGCCCCCAAAAGCUCCCCUGUUUUCUUU